AUGGCACGUCCAAGUAUCUCGGUUAUUCUCAAUACGUAUCUGGUCGGUUUGUGUGAGAUAAUAUCGCUGAACGGUACGAUGAUGGUAAGCGAAAGCGGAGGAAUCAGAAAUGUGAGAGGAUUGUGGCGAAUUACGCUCGCUGAACAUAAUGGCGUUCUCAGUGGUGGUCUUGUAGUCGGUAAACUCAUUGCAGCAUCUCCGGUCCAAGUGUUCAUUGGAACCUUUCCGCCGUUGGCUGUGACUCCGACUCUGGAGGUGAACAAUGUGCUCGGAUCUUUGAUUGCUACACCAACAAUGCCGUUCGCAUCGGGUUUCUCAUUCACAGGAGCAGUCCAUCAGCCAGACAUGAUGUUUAGCUCUUUUGUCAAUUUGAACAGGGAGUGGAACGGGUCGGGAUCCGGAGUUAACCCGUAA